AUGGAAGCAGCCAGCGAGCUCGGCGUCAGGGCUCGCGGCGGAAGCGAAAGAAACGAGAACGAAGGCCUCCUGCUGCAUGCCAUGGCAGGGUGGGCGUCUGGAGACGAUGCGAGGUUCGCCGCAGAGGAGCGAAGAAGCGGGAAGCCAGCGUGCCGAACCUUCCCAUAUGGCGCAGGUUUUGAAGAAAAUGGUGAAACGGAUGCGCACGAGUCUUCUCACGUCGAGCCGACGCCGGGAUUGAACGCGGCAGAAGGCAUUCCGAGAGGUCUUGGCGUAGAUCAGGAGAAGAAUGAUGAGAACGAAGGCGAUGAGGGAUCGCCGCCGCAGGCUUCGGCGCCGUCUCCUCUUUACCCAGAGGCCGGAGACGGGACGCAGGGGGAGAAGGAGCACGAGCAGCUCCAGUCUCCUUCCGCCUCCUCCGCCUCUUCGUCCUCUUCCUCUUCCUCUUCUUCGUCUCGUCCGACGUUGUCUUGGAUAGAUCAGAUCCGCUACGCACUGCGGCACUCGAGUUUCCUGGGGCAGCUGGGCGGACGCACCCCGCCCAUCGAGACUGAAGAGGAGGCAGACAGCGAAGAAGUUGAGGAAGACCUCGACGACGCAGAGCUGUUGUUCCUGCAGGGCGUGCACGUGUCUCAAAUGUCGGCGCAGGCGCUCAUGCAUGCGCCGCAUGGCGGGGAGCCUGCGAACGUCCUCACGGGCGUCGAGGAGGACGCCCCAGAGGCAGGCGCGUCCCGUCUGCCGUCCUCUUCUUGUGCGUCGUCUCUGGCUUCUUCGCCUUCCUAUUUCUAUGCCUCCUCGGGAGACAAAGGGAGCGGAAGUCGAGGCCUCGCUGACGCGGAGAAGAGCGCCGAAGGCGAGUGUGAGUCAGCGUUGUCCUCGCCGUCGUCCGCUGCCGGCAAGGCGUCGCGGAGCGAGAAGGACCGCGCAGACGAAGGAGAAGAAGAGGUCCGCGCGGCGGAUCUCUUCUUCCCCACCAAUGCGCACGCAAAGUGCCGGCGCCCGCCGCGCGUGCCUGAGCUUCCGCGUCACGGCUUCGUCAUCUUCGGCGGCGACGAGGGCUGCGUGGCCUUUUCGCGCUCGCGGGCGCCAGGAGGCGAAAGAGGCGACGCGGUCGCCGCCCCAAAAGCCUCUGGGGCUGUCUCCUCGGCGGCGCUGUCUCCGUCGUCGCCCGAGAGGGCCGACGGACACGCUGACGCGAGGGAGGAGGGAGAGGCGGGCGGCGCCGCUCUCGAAGACGGCGGAGUGGAGAGCCAGGUGAAAGAAGAGAAGAAUCGGGACAAGGAUGAGAAGGGUCGCGAGAAAGAAGAGAAGCGGAGACUCGCAUCUCUCGCGUAUGUCCGGCGCUUGACGUUGCCGCGGCGCAACGAGACACUUCCGCAGGGCAUUUCUUCGUUUUUCGACGUCUCGGCGGUCAAAUCUGAGGCCCUGGGGGGCAGUGGAGAGGCGACCCGCAGCGAGCCGCAGGCGGGCGCGAAGGCGACGGUGGAAGCGAUGUCUCCGCUUCUGUCACCCGCGGCUGUAUCUCCUCCGCUCGAGUCGCCUUCGUCGGCUCUGUCGCGGCGAAGCAGGAGUCGCGCGGGCUUCGGGAAGCAAGAGGGUUUGAGUGCAGAAGAGUUUUUCGGCGCGUCGGCGCCUGCGCCACCUUCGGCGACCGCGGAGAGAGAAGAGGACGGCGAGGAAGGAGACGCGUGGGGAGGCGAGACCCGCGGCAGUUCGCAUCAAGCGACGGACGACGCGACGCCGCCCUUUCCGUUGGCAUCCGCGUAUCGCGUGCGCUCCACGUCGCUCUCAGGAAAGUCUUCUCCUAAGCUGCAGUCGCGGGCGACGCAUUCGCCUCUCCUCUCGGCCGCGUCGCUGCUGCCCUCCACCUGCUCGUCGCCCUCCGGCUCGUCUUCUUCUUCAGCUUCUUCCUCCUCGACUCUGGCUCCGUCUUCUUUCUCUCUGUCUCGCCGCAGAGCGGCCUCGUCGUCCUCAAGUGUCUCUUCGGGCAAGGGUCUGGGCGCGGGCCUCGCGAGCGGCGCGCGGAGUUGGGCGCAGGCCCAGUAUUCGAGUUUCCAAGCGAAGUUCGGCGGAACCUCUCUGCGGAUUCUGCAGAAGAAACGCUCGUCUCUGUCCGCCGGGGACGAAAGGCCAGCGGAGAGAAAACCGGAAACGACGGGCGAGGAAGGCCCGGAGGACUGCAAAGACCCGCGGCGGGGUCGCGAAGAGGAAGCCGCGGACGCGGGGGGGCGAGGCUUUGGUCACGGCGAGGCGCAGCUGCAAGAGAUGGAGAUGGGCAAGGAGAAAGAGCCCGUCAACGCACCCGCUGGUUCCUCCUCCUGGUGGACUGACUUGCAGCGAUCCUUCACAGACCUCUUCGUGCCGCCCACGCCUGGAGCAGAGCGAGGAAAGGCAGCAACAGAGAAAGGCGGUGGCAGCCGGCGCGCGAGUGCGGCGGCGGACGAGAGUGGAGCGCCUCCGACGACCGGCGGCGGCGAGGCGUCUCUGGCGCUGGGGCAGACUGCGGCAGCUCCGUUCCCGCUGCUGCGGCCGCCUCUCGGCUUCUCCUUCAGUCCCGCGGGCCUGCUAGGGCCCUAUCACCUCGGCGUCCUCUCGCUGCUCUGCGAGGCUAACGUCAUCAACCACUACACGCCUGUGGCAGGAGCGUCUGCGGGGGGGCUGGCAGCCGCUGCAAUCGGACUGAACCUUUCGGCGGCGACGGUGAUGGAGAGCGUCGAGCACGUCUGCAGAGAUCUGAUUGACAGGGGUACCGCCCACCGGCUUGGCAAGCGGCUGCGGAAAGAACUUCUCAAAUUGAUUCCAGAGGAUUGCGCAGACGUCAUCGCCAAGCGGCCCGGUCGCGUCACAGUCACCUACACACACGUCUUCCCCUACAUGCACGGCGAGUUCGUCUCUUCGUUCUUCGGCAAGAGCGACAUGAUCGACUGCCUCAUCGCGAGCUGCAACAUCCCUUUCUACCUCACGAAGUGGCCCACAGUCACCUGCCGCGGCCGGCAGUGCGUGGAUGGCUUCUUCGCGACGAAGCACAAGGCGUUCGGCUGCCCAGAGAGCGGCGCGCUCCGAGACAUCAAGGUGGUGCCCUUUUACGCCUCAACCAUUCGCGUCUCUGCGGCGCCUCAGGACUGCAUCAAUCCGGAUCUUCAGCUGCAGGACGCGCAGAUUCUUCACUACCUCCGAGCGAAGGCCCUUCUGCGCGUUCGUGCGCGCCUUUUCCGCGAGAGUAUGGCGGCGGAGGCCCUCGCAGAGACGCCCGAAAAGGCCUCGCAGCCUCCCGCCCCGCCUCGCAUGCGUGCGGGCUCGCCGCUGGAGAGUCCUCGCGCGUCUGCGACCACCUGCGCCGCCUCGUCGCGCCGCGCCUCCAAGGCCCCCGUCAUCGACCUCCCGACCAUCUGUCCCCUGCACGGGCGAGCUGUCGUCGGCCUGUGGGGCAAGAGCCCGAAGGCCUGCGAGGAGGCGGCGGAGAGGGACACGGAGUCGCGCGGAGAGAAUGGCAGUCGUCACGAUGCCAACGCGCGCCUUCUCGGCGAUAAGGACGGUGCGGGAUCGGAGGCGCCCUCGUCACGGGCCUCUGCAUCCUCGUCGGAGUCGUCGGUGUCGCUGGCGCGCAACAGCGCCGCGGAGGCUGUCCUCCACUCGCCGUCUUCAAAGUCGUUCUUCCUGGAGUCGCCGCAUGGGCACUUCCCUGCGAGCUCUCCACCUGCGCCUGGGAACACAUACAAGCCCGCAGAGGCGGCCGCUGGUCAGCCGUGCGCAGGCGCCGCCCGCCUCGCAGCGCCCGCGUUUUUGCAGGGCAUCUCAGACGCGCCGCAGGUGUCGCCCGCCGCCCCUCCCACGGCUGCGUCCGCUUCGUCCGUCUCUGUUUCGGGAUCCGUCGCGCCCGCGGCUUCGCCUGCGAGCUUGACGACGAGUGCGCCCUCUUCUUCGUGGUCGUUCAUCGGGGGGAAAGGGCUCUCGGGUCGGGGCGGCGGGUCGCCGUCGGCGUCUGUCGCGGCGUUUCCCGCGGCGUCUGCGUUCGCGGCGCGUCUGCGCACGUGCGCCUUCGACGCAAUUUACGCGUGUCCGGUGUGCAGUCCGCUCGGCGAAGUCUGCCCGCCAAGCAGCUUUGCGUACUACUUCCACGACCCUGCCGUCGCGGACUUUGGCUCGGGGAGCAUCACGACGAGCGCGGCUCUCGCAGAUCCCGACAGCGUCGCCUCCCUCGCCGCGACGGGACCCCUCGCCGCGGGCGCCGGCUGGAAGGCGCAUGGCAAGCGAAGGAGCUCGACGCUGGCGGCGAAGGCUGCAGCCGAGGCUGCGAAGAAGGACGCGCGCGGCGACAAGCUUCGUGGGGGCGAAGAGAAGGACGAGCCUGCAGGUGCUGCAGCGCCGGCGUCUCACGCGCCAGAGAACAGGCUGGACGCGGCGCUCGAGGGCGCCGACGCAGCAGGCGAGGCGAGUGAAGGAUGCGCCGCGACCCCCACCGCGACGCGGGGAGAAGACCUGAAAGGAGUAGGGGAGGCGGAGACAGAGAAGAAGGGGCCCUGCGUCGAUCCGCUGAGCUUCAUGACGCAGGCCGCCACGUCUGCGGGCGCCCGGACGACGGCCAAGGAAGAGCGCGCGAAAGGCGAGUCUGUGCACGCGAAGCGAGGAGAAAAGGUGCGAGGAGAAGAAGAGCAAAGUGCACUGAAGGAGUCGCUCGUGUCUACGGACGUGUUUUGUGAAACCGACAAGAGCGGAGACCCCAAGGGCGACGAUGCGGGGUCGGACCGGAACCCGAAGCCCCAGGCGAAGGAAAACCGCGACCACAAAGAGAUAGAAACCUCUUCUUCGGAGUCGCCAAUGUCUCCCAGCGCGAUCGCCGCGACGGCGGCGGCUUUCGAAAAGGCGGCUGCUGUGCCCAGCCCCGCUCCGGUGGAGCGCGUCGCCGAGGACGGGGAGGAAGCCGAAGACCAAGCUGAGAAAGGGCGAGACGAGGCGCGGCGCGGCGCGCCCCUCGAGAGAAGCACAGCGCGCCAGAGGCGCCGCGUGCGCGAGUGUCGAAGCAAAGGUGGUCUGUGCAUGCGCGAUGGAUGCGGAUGUUCAACGCUGCCGCCGUUGCUGCGGCUCUGCUGCAGCACGCAAGAGCUCCUUCAGAUCGCCCUGGAGGCGAGUCCGGCGACCACCCUUAGGGAACUGUUCGAUGUGGGACGCGCAGAUGCCUUUCGGUGGCUGGUGCUGGAGUACAUGCGCUGCGAAGACCGCCUCAUCGAGAAGGCGUUGGCCGCGGAGGCGUCGGCGUCUGGGCAGGCAGGAGGCGGCGAAGCGAAGCCUGUGGCGCCUCUGCCUUCUCCGUCGUCGUCUGCGUUCGCCUCCUCCUCCUCCUCGGGGGGUGCUACCGCCCCAGCGCCUGCCAAGCGUUCGCUCGUUCCCAGCCGCUUGCGCGCGCGCUGGGACUCGCACUGGGGCGGAGGAGGGAGAGGAGCCGCGAGUGGCGCCGAGUCCGCUUCGUCGCUUCUCGGCGGCACGCGGCAGAUGUUUUCUUUCGCAGACUUGCUCAGCAUCGAGAAAGACCGCGACUCGGGGGAGAGAAGAGUCCACGGACCGGAGAAGAACGCUAGCAGCGCCUCAGAGGGGGCCCCCGCCGCCGAGCUGCGCGCCGCUGCGCGCGAGGCUGAGGGCGAAGAUCCUGAAGCCCCGAAGCUGGGCGGGCGCGCCGCGAGCCGAGAGGGCGCCACCGACGGAGACACGGGGAGAGAGGCGGAGCCGCAAGGAGCGGUCUCCGCGCUCGCCAGGCAGGCAACGCUGGAAGAUGCGGUGGCGGAGUCUGUGCCCGUGUCCGUCUUAAACGGAGCGGAGGGAGGCGAGAGCGGCGCCGUCUGCGUGAAGGAGUCGCCGGUGGUCCUGGCAGCGGAGCGAGAAGCCGCGCAGGCUGCGGAGGCGCGCUGCGCAAGUCACACGGAAGACGACAGUGCCGCCGCCGCUGUCGGGGCGUUUUCUCACCGCGCGGCAGACGGGCAGCAUCCGCCCGAGACGUGUCUGAGGCUGAGCAGAAAGUCUUCUCUGCGGCGUAGCCGGUCUGUGCCGCAGAGUCCUCGGGGCGACGCGCCCGCGCCGCGCCCCGAGGACCUGGAGGGAGACGCGCAUGCGCAGGAGCCGGCCAGCGAGAGGCGGGCGAGCAGCGGAGGCGAGGCCGCGCGGCUGGCUUCGCGGGAGGUGGGGGUCUCGGGAGGCAGCAGCGCACACGCAAUGCUUGCGCUGCUUUCGCGGUCGCCGUUGGAGCUGCAGUACUCACACAUCUACACUCAUUCGCACUCCUGGAGCGGCGACGGGGCGCGCUGCGCGAUGCCCGAGGCGCACGCGCAACCUACGCUUUCCGCGCGCCGACAUUCGCCAAAAAACAGCGGCGGUGACAGGGAGAAAGCAACCACGAGCGCCAGCGUGCGGCUCUACCGCCGCCCACGAUCGUCUGCGGCCCUCGCCAUGCCCCCGACUGUCCGCAGGCUCGCCUCCAGCCAGUCCAUGCAUGCGCAUACGCAGAAGGAGGGCGAAGCCGCGAGCCACAACAGCCACGCGCUCAAAUCCACCGCCAAAGAGAACGAGGGAACCCUGGCGCGGGCUCUCUAG